AUGUCCUUGAGCAGCGGAGCUUCCGGAGGGAAAGGAAUUGAUGCGAACCCGGUUGAGACGUACGACAGCGGGGAUGAGUGGGACAUUGGCGUAGGGAAUCUCAUCAUUGACCUGGACGCUGAUUUGGAGAAGGAUCAGCAGAAAUUGGAAAUGUCGGGCUCCAAGGAGGUGGGGCUUCCAGCACCCAACGCGGUGGCAACCCUACCGGAUAACAUCAAGUUUGUGAGCCCGGUGCCGGGCCCACAGGGCAAGGAGGGCAAAUCCAAGUCGAAAAGGAGCAAGAGUGGCAAGGACAGUGGAAAGCCAACUGCGGGGACCUCCUUGUUCACUCCCAGCGAGGGAGCUGGUGGCAAGAAGGAGGCUCAAGGACGCUCUGGGGACGGUGUGAACUCGGGCGGCUUGGUGCCUGCCGUUGCCCCGAAGGGCUCGGAGAAAUCGGCCAAGGCGUCUCGCAGCGUGGCCGGCUCCAAGAAGGAGAAGGAGGGUGGCUCAUCCAAAAGCAAGAAGGAAAGGAGUGAGGGUGCGGGGGCUGUGGCGGAGAAGGAGCCCAGCGUGCUGCAGCCCCUGGCCCUGGCUGUGAGGGUGGGACAGUAUGAUGGGGGCCAGGGGACAGAGCCUGCUGCUGCCGAGCAGCUUGGGAGUAUAGCUAUUGACACAGGAGCGGCGCUCAAUCCCUUGGGAGUUAAGUCGGAGCUGGAGGAUGGGGAAGCCGAGUGCCGGCAGCUGAAAAAGGUGAAGUCGGAGAAGGGAGGCUGGUCUCCAUCUGGGGAUGAAGAAAGAGAGACCGUCUCUCCCUCCACUGCCUUCAGCCCGGGGUGCUUGAGCUGUGUGGUGUCCACAGACGUGAUUGUCCUUGCUCCCGAGUCUGGCGUCGCAGCGACGGGGCCUGUGGACGUGGCCCGUGGGCUCGAUGGUUUUGCUGGUGCUGGCAGUAUCCAGCCUCCUGUUAGGGCACAUUCUGACUUAUUAUCUACCAUCCCCCAACCCGAUGCCAUCG